AUGAAAUUGAUUCGAAAAAGAUUGAAAACCGUACAAAGCUGCCAGAAGAGUUAUGUAGAUAUUCGCAGGAGAGACAGAGAAUAUGGAGUUGGGGAUCAUGUGUUCAUAAAAGUAACUCCUAUGAAAGGGCAAAAGCGGUUUGGGGUGAAAGGCAAGUUGGCACCGAGAUACAUUAGGGCAUAUGAAAUUCUUGAGAAGAUCAGUUCAGUAAUAUACCAAGUAACCUUACCUCCGGUGAUGGAAAACAUGCACAACAUUUUUCAUAUUUCAAUGCUUCGAGAUUACUUACGAGAUGCACUCCAUGUGAUGGAACCAACUCAUGUGCUCCUGAAAUAUGACUAUAUGUAUGAAGAAACCAAUACGGAUCGUUUACCGCCGAAUCAAGAGAUUAAGAAACAAGGCAAUUCCAUUGGUAAAAGUCGAUUGGUAGAAUCAUGA